AUGUUGUGCAGGUUAUUACUAUCUGUACAAUAUAAGAAAGAUCUGGAAAUACUUAACGUUGGAUUCAACCAGAUGUUUGGUUCAUACACUGGUAAUGGGGCGCGUAGAUUACUGUAAUAGUUUACUCUACGGUCUCGCAACAAAUAAUAUCAAUAAGCUACAGCGUCUUCAGAAUAUGGCUGCCAAGUUAAUACAAAUACUCCGCGGUUUUGUCACAUCACACCUAGUGUGUCAGUUGCACUGGUUACCAAUAGGUGUCAGGAUUAAAUUCAACGUGAUACUUAUAACAUCUAAAGCAAUACACGGACUGGUUCCAUAUUAGCUGUGGUCACACUACAGACUUUUUACCUAGGUAAACACGACUUGUUGACAGUUUACCUAGGGAAACUUGAUUUUUUAAGUGUGACCGAUUUUUCCCCAGAUAACUUACCUCGGGAAAAUUUUAUCGUCUGGGUCUUGGAUAUGUCUCGAAAACAAUAGAGUUUCCCUUGACAGCUACCCCAAAGCAAUAGCUAGGGAAAAAUGAAAUACCGAGGUUGCUAGCCAAUAGAAGCUCAUCGGCGAAGGUCUUGAUGACAGAACUGGACAUAGAUCACGCUGUGAAAGAAAUUUUGGGAGCACGAGUCGUCUACGUUUUCGCCUUUCUUCACCUUGCACGUUGAAUUAGCGUAAGAAAUAACAGCGAGAUAAAAGAAAAAAACGUCUCUUUGAUCAGCUAGAUCCCUGCGCAUUUUGCCUUCUUGAAUUUACGUUCCAAAAAAUUCAACUGACGUGACAAUUUUGGGAGCCGAUAUCAGUAGUGUGACCUUCCCAGAAUUUUUACCUAGGUAAAACAAAACCCGAGAUGAAUUUACCUAGGCAGAUUUUUGAUGAAUUUGCCCUAGGUAAAUCGGUUUUACCUAGGUAAAAGUCUGUAGUGUGACCACAGCUAUUAUAUACAAAGUUUAAUCGAAGUCAAGGAGGAGUCCUCCUACAACCCGAGUUAGGUCAAAUGAUGAACUGUUACUUGCUCCACCGAAGUUCAAUUGAAGUCUGAAAAGACCUUAGGCGACAGGGCUUUCCAAGUGGCUGCGCCGACUCUAUGGAACAAACUUCCAAGUGCAUUAAGGAUGGAAAGAAGCUUGAAGCCUUUUAAAGCCAAGCUGAAAACUUUACUUUUUAAAGAAGCCUAAUUAUUUUAUAGUUUUAAGACUCAUGAACGACUUGUCGAUUAACGUUUUUAAGAUGAUGUCAAUUACUUAGUUUCAAUAUAUUUUCUAAUCGUAUCUUAUAAUUGCCUUUUUAAUUGUAUAUAUAGAGAGAUUUAUACUAAAUUUUUAGGGUUUAUAUUUAUUUAUUUAGUUAUUUAUCUAUUUAUUUAUUAUCUGUUUUUAUUCUAUUUUAUUUUUAUUUUUUGUUACCGCGCAUUAGAUCAUAUAUUUGCUAUUUUGCACCUAAUAAAUAAUAAAUUAUUAUUUACUAUUUAGUUCUUACUAAGUCCUUUUUUAAGCACGCGUUAAAAAAGGAAAGCACAGCAACAAAGAAAAAACUUGCUUGCCGAAAAAACUAUUUAACCUUAUUUUAAUUAUUUAUGCAAUCAUCUCCCUAACAAUGGUUUCGAUUUCUUUUGUUUGACAGGCACUAACCAAUAUGCAUUUGCAGGAUUUCGCGCCUGUAAAUGUUUGGAUAAUUACUACCGAACGAAUCUGUUUGGGAAUUGUACACCAUGUGAGAAGAAACAGGGACUAAAUUGUCACGAUGAUUUUGCGAAUCUUACAGUUGGCUUUUGGUGGCGGUGGAAAGAUCAGACACACUUAGAACAGUACAGAAACUUCACUAAAAACCUAAAGAAUUUCUCCUUUACUCCUGAAUUACACAAAGCAAAUGAUUCCGGUAUUGAAUACCCGUACACCAUACCUCAACCGUACAGAUGUCCCAUGGCAGAAGCUUGUAAGGGAGGUUUAAAUUCUUCAUGUGAGGCUGGUUAUGAAGGACCGCUAUGUGCAGUUUGCAGCGAUGGAUAUCACAAACAACUGAAGAAAUGUAAGCUGUGCCCAACAAAAGGAUGGAUGAUUGGACAGCUUGCAAUUAUUGGGGCGUUAGUUAUAAUAUUUGUUAUACUUGUGGUGUGGGGAAGCAAGAAAAAGAGCAAAAAAGACGCUGGACGACCUUUCCUUGACAAGCUCCUCGGAAAGAUUAAAGUUGUGAUUGGCUUUUAUCAGGUGCUGUAUGGGAUCAUGGAGGCGUUUUCAUACGUAAAAUGGCCUGGAAGUCUUUCCGUUGUUGGGGAAUAUUCCGAGAUUAUUCAGAUGAACAUCGUUCAGAUAGCUCCCCUCCACUGCAUCCUUCCUGGCUUUAAAUUUGACGCAUUCACAAGUUUAAUUGCAGUUAUGGGAUUUAAUAUUGCAGCAGUCAUCGUCGCCCUUUCUAGCCUCGCCCUUGCCACUUGGAUAUCGACACGACGUAUGUCGAAUGAAGAAGAAAAAAGGAAGAAAAAGGAGCGCAUUAAAGCGAUCGUAAA